AUGGAUGCAUUUGUCUCCAGGAAGCGCCGGCGAGUCUCGCAAGAUGAAGAGCCUCGGCUGGACAAACAUCCAUCUGACCCGUGCCUCGAGGAUUCCACUGACGUAAAGCUUGCAAUUCUACUAUCUCUCUUUCCAAACAUCAAGCAAGAAGAGCUGCUAGAUAUACUGGUGUCCUGCGAAGGAUCUGUUGAGGCAGCCUCCUCAACGCUCUCCGCGCAAGGGCCCGCAGCCGACAUCCUGACAACCAAAAAGCGAGCCGCUGCAGGCUCACUUGGCACGCAAACAUCUCUUUCCUCGCAUGUCCUUAAAACAAGUGAAGAUGGAACUUUGAAACCGAUCAAUGAGGCAGGAACCAAGAAGAAACCACCGCCUACGAGAAAAGGCAAGACACUACAUCUUUAUUCACCAGAGGACAUCGCAGCUUAUACGCCAUGCACUAUCAUUCAUAACUUUCUGCCACCAGAAACAGCGAACGAACUUUUGGUAGAACUUCUGGAGGAGUCGAAAUAUCUUACAAGGUCUACCUUUCAACUCUUCAGUCGCACUGUUCAGAGUCCUCAUACACACGCCGUGUAUGUCUCAACGCCCGAGGAACAACAGCAGCAAAUGUCAGAUUACACAUAUGGCGGGACAUAUUUUUCAAAUGUGAGACAAGCAACGCCGAAUCUACGUUCUGUUUCACGCCAGGUCCAAACGGUCGUCAAUGAUGAGAUUAAGAAACGAAUCCGCGACGUCUAUCCAAACGGAAAGAAGCUUCAGUAUCAGUCAUCGAAAGAGUGGAAACCCAACGCGGCAUUUGUCAACUGCUACGAUGGCCCCGCUGAGAGUGUGGGAUACCACUCUGAUGGACUGACUUAUCUCGGUCCUCAUCCUGUCAUUGGAAGCCUGAGUCUCGGCGUAUCACGCGAGUUCCGCAUCCGCCGUAUGAUAGCACAAGACGAGGACGACGAAGAGAACAAAGACAAGAAAUUGACCGACCCAAAUCGUCCCCAGAACCAGAAUGCAGCUGCACGUGCUGAUUUGCAAGGGCAGAUUUCAGUUCAUCUGCCUCACAACUCACUCCUUGUGAUGCACGCAGAGAUGCAGGAGGAGUGGAAACAUUGCAUUGCCCCUGCACAAAGCAUCGUUCCACAUCCAAUUUCUGGGAAUCGUCGAAUCAAUAUUACCUACCGGUGGUAUCGGGAUUCUCUUCAUCCCCGGUAUACGCCGCGAUGUAAAUGUGGACAGCAUGCGAUCCUCCGAUGCGCGCACCGUAAGCAAGAAACGCGGGGGCGAUAUAUGUGGAUGUGUUAUGCCAGUUAUACUCCGGGGAAUGAGGGGUGUUCGUUCUUUCAAUGGGCGGAAUUCGAUGACGAUGGGGAUCCAGUGUGGGACCGAAAAGAAUUUGAAGAUCAGGGACCUGCUCUGGAUAAUUUCUCGGCGUCUCAAUAG